AUGACAUUUGCAGUCGGCUAUGAAAUGGAGUCUAUGCCCGGAAGGGUUGUUCCUCCCCCAUUGCUUCAUGACAAGAUCUCAUUGACGAGCUCUGGCAACACAUCACGUUGGGUAUUCUAUGGCACACGUAAACAAAUUAUCGAUUGGAUGCGAGAGCAUGCGAAUCUGGUGGUUGAGUACAACUUGUUCAACGACAAGCAGCACCAUGAGAACCCGCCGACUGAACUUGUGUUUGACUUGCACUACCUGCACGACAGCGAGCAAUCCUAUUACAACUAUGUCAAAUCUUUCUUUGUAAGCGAUUAUGAGCAUGAGCGUGUCAAAGUGGAAAUCAGACCCAAGCUUGACAGCAAGGACCAUGACAUCCAAACCAUGUGCCGGGUCUAUACACGCAGCAGUGUGCGUUUGGGUGAUGUGGUGGACGAGUUGGAACAUCAAUGGCAUCAACCUGCAAGGAGCUACUAUCAACAAGCUGUGGAUGCAUAUAAUGAUAGCCCUGGUCCAUCCCAUGUGCUAAGCUCGGUGGGUCCUUCAUCCAUUCGUGUUGGUCAAGAUCCAAGUGUGCAAGUUGGACGCCCCUCACAACAACAACCAGCAGCAACAGUAACCGAUGAAAAGUGA